GUCGACGUCAUUCAAAGUUCGCUCGCUGUCGCAGCAAGUCGCGCGGACGCCCAGUUCCAGCAUUUCCUUCCCGAGCCACCCGAGAAGCAGCGCCCUACUGCGUGAGUGUGUGUGUGGUGGGGCUGUGUUUUGUUAUUUGUUAUCGUCGUCAUCACCCACCGACCAAAGAGCCUCCCUCUCCUACAGGCGACAGAAGGGAAAGUCAAGGAAUCCUUUGUGGAAACUCCCGACCGGACCUGCUGGAUAGAGACAAAGAGAGCGAUGUCCUGAGGAGGUGUUUUUUUCCGCCAUUCAUCAACCUCAGCGGGUGUGUGAGGGCGAUUUUUGUUGUUGUUGUUUUCCAUCGUAGCUGAUGUGUUGUUGCGCCACAUUACGUGUGUUAAACCGGUGACCAAAUACGGCGAAGUGUGUGUGUGCGCCAUAGUGAACUAACUUUCUUCCCGCGUUGAGGUCCGAGGACCGUUUUCUGGAGCUUUGGUUUUCCUUCCAGCAGUCACUGCGCAAAAAAAGGUGAUGUAGUAGCAUCAGCAACUGUUGACGUGUGUGUGUGUGUGUUUGUGAAAUUAAUUAAGCUUUAGUGACGCAUCAGUCAAGUCUGUGAUAGCAGUGUGAGAGAGACGCUCUGGUACGACGCCGCACGCAAACACCUCGGCAAACCCGGGAGUGAAGUAGAUUGUCAUUUAUCUUCCCAUACACACUCGUAUUUCAAUUCUACCCCAUCUACACACCAGCAACGACGCAACGCGUGGUUGCAUCACGUUGGGGUGCAAAACUGCAGCGCUGCAAGUGUGCAACGGAGGCGCAUCUGUAUACGCGUACCCCCUAUCUGACACAUUACCGUAACAACGACAAGAUGGCAGAACAAACGACCGGCAGGCAGCUACAGCGGAUCCUGCACUACUCCGUCACACCGUGCCGGCCCAUGCUGGGCCUUCGACGUUCCGAAUGUGCAUUAUACGACGUUGACUGUGAUGAAGUCUAUCCACGGCUGUACAUUGGCGAUGCCAACUCAGCUAAAAACAAACAGUAUUUGCGGCUGAUCGGUGUAACGCACGUGCUGAACACGGCGGAAGGCACUCGCUUCGGGCAGGUGGAUACGGGCCACAGCUACUACCGGGACAUGUCCGGCAUCAGGUGUACGUUCAGGUAUAUGGGCUUUCCGAUGAUUGACCAGCCGACGACGGACAUCAGCCGGUACUUCUACAUUGCCUCCAAGUUUAUCGAGAAUGGUAUCAACAGUGGAGGUAAGGUCCUUGUGCACUGUAUGAUGGGCAUGUCCCGUUCGGCGACCUGCGUGCUGGCGUACCUCAUGAUCGCCCGCAAGAUGACCGCCGCCGAGGCGAUCCGCACCGUCCGAAUGCAUCGGGACAUUCGCCCGAACGAGGGCUUCCUCCAGCAGCUGGCCGAUCUGGACAAUGAGCUGAAGCGUGACCGGUUGUACUAUUGACUCGAGUGUGGCCAACGCUUCAGGAAGAAAUAAUGCCGAUUAUAUUAAUCUAAACGUGUGGGGGUAAAAAAAAAACAUGGCGCAAACCGAGGCAGCAGCUCUAACCCAACAGCAGAACAACACGCACCCAUCAUGUGUUUGUGUGCAUGUGUAAACUAAUACUCUCUAACUCAUCCAAUCACAUGAACAACAAAACAAUGCUAUUUUAAACACUUACUAUGCAGGCGUACGUAAUGGAUGCUCGGUUGAAGGUUUCCAGGGUCGUGCUCGUGACAUAUAGAUGGCAGCUCUAGUCGGCAGGCAAUAUUGUGAUGUAGAAAAAAAAUCGAACAGGGGAAGGGAAAAUUUUUCUUUCUUGUUUUGGGGACACUACUCCAACAUCCAUUCCGAAUAUGGGGAGGGACAGACACCACGAGGAGUUGGAGCAUUACAAUUCGCCUGAGGUUUAUUGUUGAUGGAGUCCAAUAAGGUGACGCACAGAAAGAAGUUACUACACCAAAUAUAACAUUAUGAGUUAAGUAUGCAAAAAAACUACAUUCUACCACACAUCUUAGAUCGUUUGUGUUUGCUCUUGUAUGUUAGAUUAAUGUAUGACAUUACAGAGAAGGCUCUACAUUGAACGCUUUUGUAAAACAUGAGCUGGAGAAGCAAAUAACAACCUAAAGAUUUCCUUCAUGAGACCAUUUAAGACCAGAAACAAUAUCAGAAUUUCGCUUUAACAAAUAGGUUUUUUCAAAACCAAUCAACGAACAAGAGAUCUUUGCAGAAGAUACAACAGCAAUCCAGGGAAAUACAAAACAUACCAAUCCUUUACCCAAGUAGUAGUGCUAGUGCGAAGACUUUUGAAAGGGUGAAAGGAACUCCGUUGUCUAGGAUUAGAUCCGCUAGUCAGCUCUCGGGAGUACAACAAUAGGCAGAACUUCUCACCAGUCAUGGUUGAGUGGUCGUUGUACAGAUGCUAGAGACACCGAAACUCCACCGUAUGUCAGCUGAGAUUAUGUUACCAUUUCACUACGUUCUGAAGACAACUACCACUGUGUACUACAUCUAAUCUAAUGAAACAAACUCUACACUUGAAUCAACAAGAAAUGAGAAGAAGCAAAAAAACAAAACCUCCGAAUCUCAUCGAACGACACAAAAUUGUGUUAAGGACAAACUGUUUUAGACCGCGGAGAAACGAACGAUCAGCUGUUGUAGUGCAGUAGAACCAAUAAUAAUAAUAAUUAAAUACUAGACCAGGCUUAGGCCAGUUCAGAGGAAGAGCCAAGCCAGUUGGAGGAGAUAAUACACACUUUUUGAUAACAACUAGUAGUGCUAAAUUAUUCAAAAACAACACAAAAAAACCAAAGCCAUAUUCUAGCCGCUGGUCGUGCGUACGAAACGGGAAUGGGGAAAAGAGAAUAGAAAAAAUGGGGUUUGGAAACACAAAACAAACGUUGCCAAGGCAGAGCCUAUGGAGUUUUCAGCGUUCGGGGGGGAAAAAAAACAUUAGAAAAAUGGAAGUAGCCAUCGUAGAGCGUUCGACGUAGAGACGCUUGGACGACAUAUUGAAAGUUUUAAAGCGUGGAUUGGAAGUUGGAAAGGUAUCCCGAUAAUCAGAAUGCUGGAUUAUGCUUUAGCCGUUUGCCUAUACGCCAGCAUCCAAGGUGCAGGUGGCAGUAUUAGAGCACUAUUUACAGAUAGCGAAUAGGAAUGGGAAGAGGUGUAAAAGGGCUAGAAGCGAAAGGCAAGUGCUAUUAGGAAUGGUUUUAAAUCAUAACGUGCGAUGUAACGAUGAGAUUAUGAGAUGACACACAAAACAUACACCUACCAAAACAUACACCACAGGCAUCGAAAUGGAUGAUCUAAUAAAGAAAGGAGCAAACAACAAAA